AUGACACUGUGGAGCAGCGUCAAGCCAUUCUGGCCUCUCUUCUUCACAUUCGUCCUCCCUCGCGCGAUCAACUACUACCGCGCCCUGAAGACCGCCUACCGCACCGGGUCGCCGCCGCGCCCCCUCCCGAAGCGGACCAGCCGCGGGCUGAACGUGCUGUUCGCGUCGAUAUGUGUCUUCCUCUACGCCUCGUGGCCCUUGAAGGGUGACCUCGCGGACCACAACGUGUUCGUGGUCACCCAGUCGCGGCUGACAGUGCCGACCGACGUGCUCUUCGAGAGGCUGGCGCUGUUGCGCGAGAAUCGAGUCCUCACCGCCACCGACGAGGCGUUGCGGGCGAAAUUGACUUCUCCGGCCCUCCGUCAACUCUACCUGCGAUUCGGGCCUUCCACGCUGCGAGACUGCCCCUUCUGCCACCCGGACGACCCGCUGUCGUACGUGCUGUACCACCUGCCGACCAACGUCGUGCUGCCACACCUCUUCCACAUCUGCUGCCUGGGCUUAGCGACCUCGGAGACCGUGGCGGGCUACGAGGCAUCGACGUGGCGGCGCACGGCGAUUCUGACGGGCCUGGUCGUCGCGGCCACCGACCUGUUCCUGACGGCGACGUACACACCGCCCGUGGCAACCAGCACGACCGCGCCGGGGGGGACGUUCUGGCUCGCGAGCACGCUGCGGUACCUGAGUCUGUGCACGUUCGACGGGGUCGUGGCGCUGUGCAUCUACGCCGCCGCCACGGGACGGUUCUCCUUCCUCUUCCCGGGAGCCGCCGGCGUUGGCCCCGAAUUGGACGGUGAACUCGCCCGGCGCCGGACCGACGAGCAGCUCGCCCAGGCCAACCGAGCGCUGCAGACGACCGCGAUGAACCUGCGCGGGUACACGAUCGCGCGCAACGCCGUGGUGCGCAACCCGGCCCUCAAGGACCGCGACGACGCCUACUGGCGCUCCGUGGUCGCCGUGGACCCGGCCAUCACCGACGACAUCAUGUCCGAGGACGAGGACGUGCAGGCUGCCGUGGCGCGGGCGUAUGGCACCGGCGCCAUCAACAUCGCCACUGUGAGGAGGGAGGCUGAGGAGUUUGUCGGGCGUGCGACGCGAGCUUUGGAUGCUCCCACUCCGACCCGGAGCAGAUAG